UUUAAAAGAAAAACAAGAAAAAAUAAAAUGAAAAAAGUAUCAUUCUCUCUUGCUAUAGUUUUAUUAUAAAAAAAUUGAGUUUUCUCAUUAGAUAAAAAAAAAUUAGCAUUAAUAAAACAAAAAACUUAUUAAAAAUAUAUUUAAAACGUUUUAAAAUCUCUCUCUCUCUCUCUCUCUCUCUCUCUUUCUCGUGAAUCGGAUCCUAACAACUCCGCCGUAAGUACAAAGGUCCUCAAACGCCAAUCUCUAUCGAUCACCGACUUUUAAUUAACGAAAGCCAUUAUCCUCCGUAAUUAUCAUCGUUAUCGAUUAAUCCUCCAUAAAGAGUAUUAGCGCGCGUUAAAAACAACAUGACAUUAUUUUCUAAUUGGAAAGGUUUUUUUGCCCACGGAUAUCGCGCACGGAUGAUAAAGGGGAGGAUACACCGUUCAAGCCGCGUUCAUCUCAGGUGAUCAUUUCAGGUUCGUCCCGACAACGAUCGACAGCGUCGCUCACGCAACAACUGUGACGUCGAAGGGUGGUGAUCGCAGGGACAAAUCCCUUCGCUGGCCGCGAAUAUUGAUUUUCGACUUUCGAGGUUUCUGGAGCAAGUCAGCGUUGACGCAGGCGCCCUUGCCAAUGCAGCAUGGCGUCGGAAUCAAGCGUUGUUCGCCUGGAUCAUCAUCAGGAUCUUCCACAAUUCUUGGCAUAAAGCCGACGUACGAAUUGCCGAGAGUAGCUGCGCGAAAAUGUGAUUUACGCGUCCAUCGGAUGAUCGUCACUGCGAUUAGUUUCGCGACGUACAUGAAGCUAAGACCAGGUCCAACGAGAUGAACGCGGAUGUACGCUUCGUCACGUGCUUUCUGCUUAUCGCGUUGAUAACCCUUACGAGUGGUCAGCUAUCUUCGAAAGAGCAUCGAACUCAGGCGGCUUCCGAAAAAGCUAACGAUCUAUGGUGCUACCAGUGUUUCACCAUGGACAACGAUGACAAGUGUAUCAAUCUCACUGACAAUACCGGCAAUUCCAGCACCUUAAGGCAAAAAUGCUGGGAUGAUAAAAGAAUGUGCAUGGUGAAACGAUUUUCUUAUACCUUGAGCACCGAGAACACGACCUAUCCGCCGCAAAUAUGGUCCGUGGAAAGAAACUGCACAAAUAAGUGCGAACCAGGAUGCAUCGUGAUCGGGGAACGCACCAAGCUCUAUGCCUGUACCGAUUGUUGCGAGACCAAUCUGUGUAACAACGGUACCGGUACUGCCAACGACCUAACGAUCAAAGAAAUAGACCUUUUCCUGGCUCUUGUGCUCCAAGCUAUCUUGACCGUUAUCAUGUACUCAUCGUGACAGUAUCAAUAAAAUCUCGUCAUAAUUCCUCCUAUAUCUACGGAUAAAAUCUGAAAUGUUUUGCAUUUUUUAAUAUUCAAAUAAAAAAACAAAAUUUAACGAAAUACGAUCUCAAAAAAAAUUAAUAAUGUAUUCUCGAAUUUUGAGAUCUUCGCGAAUAUGUCGGCAAACUCCGAAAUUUCUCGAUUUUUCACAUCAAA